AAAAAAAUAUAUAGAAGAAAAGAAAAAAAUUGUGUGCAAAAAAAAAAAACAACAUACACGCUCAUUUUGUCUGUGCUGUGCUUCAUUCCUGUUUCAGUUUUUAUCCGUGGAGGAUGCCUUCUGCUUCAAAUAAUAACCAAUCAAAUACUAAACUAGUGAAACAAACCUCCGUGAAUUCGGUAAAUUCUGGAGGUGCAAGUGGAACUAGUGGUGGUAAUAAAGGUAUUAGUAACAAGAAAAUAACGGAAAAUACAAUAAAAUCCAACAACACGAACGCUACUACCACCAAUAACAAUGAGACGACAUCAAGCAUAAAAACUGCUAAAGAAAAUACCAACAAUGUGGUCGCUGCUGCCCAGCAGCAGCAGAAUAGCAAGAAUUGGGAAACUUCUUCGGCGGCUGGAAAUGCUCCAACAUCAGCAAAUGCCAAUAAGGAUGCUGGCAAUGAUGCCCUGAAUCCCAUGAAAUUGACUUUUACCACAAUUGAGCAUAAAAUACGCAAUUUGGAAAAACGCAAGACAAAAUUGGAGGGAUAUCGCGCCAUACAAGCUUCUGGCAAAGAAUUAAGUGCAGACCAAAAGUCUGCUGUGGCCAAAUAUGAUGCGGUCAUGGCAACUUUAGAAUUUGCCCGCGAUUUGGUUAAACAAAUGCAACAAUUUACCAAGGAUGCAGAAAAAGAACAAAAGAAGCAGGCCCGCAAGGAAUUAAUUGCCAAAGCCCAGGCUGAGACCAUCAAAAUACGUGAAGUUUUGAUAAUACAAAAUAUUUUGUCUUGUUUCACUGAUGAAGCGGUACGCACUGACUUUUUGUCAGGAGAAAAUGGUGCUGCCAAAUUGGAAGCCAAUGAAUUGGAUAUUUUAGAAAAAUUCUGUUUGGAUGUGCAAACCAGACGCCCUGAAACUUCGGAGGAUGUUCCUUUUGCCACCUCAGCUCAAAAGGCAGCCGAAAUCUUUUCCAUGACCAUUGAUGCUCGUCCUAAACAGUAUGGUGAGACUACGUAUGAAAAUGUUAAGCGAGUUUUCCAUCGUAUACAAGAAUCUGACUAUUUGGAUAAAAUCUAUUUAACUGAUGUUCCGGAGCCAGAGUUGAAAAAUCUCGAUGAUGAUUUGGAUCAGGAGACUGUGGCUAAUAAUGAGGAAGUGCCCGUGCCGGAAAUGAAUAAUCAGGAGCAGGAUUUAAAUGCGGUGGAAGAGGGCAUGGAUACUAUGAAUAUUGACGGUGGAAAUAUGACUCAAUCUGUACAUGAAACUCCCCUGGUAGAGAAUGUAGCAAUAAUGGGCCAACAACAUCAGGGUAUUAUGAAAGAGCACUUGGAUUUACAGCAGCAGCAGCAACAAGUGGUUUUAGCAAAUAUGCCUCCUCAAGCUGUACAAUCUGUAAUGAACGCCCCCAUGGCACCACCAGCAACUGCAGUUCCCUCGUUCCAACCAACUGCACCAGCUGCUCAUUCGGGAGCCACCACCCCUGUUCAUGUGGCCAUGUAUCACCCCUCUAUGCAACAGCCAACGCCACAGCAUCUACAACAGAUGCCAAAUGCAGCUGCUUUAAUGGGAGGCGUGCCCGCAAAUGUUACUGGUCAAAUGAUGCCCGGUCUAGCUGCUCAACAACAGGCAGGAGCUCAAAAUGUGGCACAACCCUCCUCUGUUCAGGUCAAUCAACAACAGCAACAACAACAUCAAAUGCUCAACAGUCCCGCAACACAGCCAGGUGUAGUUAGCGGACCCAUUGCUAUGCAUAAUGCGAAUCCCCAACAGCAACCUCCUCCACCCGGACACUUCAAUCCCACACCCGUACAUGCUGUAGAGCAAAAUUUCUUUAAACAUCAACCGCCUCAUCCCCAGCAACAACCGCCUCACCCCCAACAACAGCCCCCUCAACAACAACAACAACAGCAGCAACAACAAUAUUUGCAUCAAAUGAGACCCUUGGCCGAAGUUAUUGGCAGUGGUAACUUCUAUUUCCUGCAGGACAGUGAAUUAGACUCUCCCGACCUAAAUAAUCAAGGCGUACAAGGUGUUCCCCAAAAUACUAUAGUAUUCGAGCAGCAACAGCCUCAAGUGCAGCAGCAAAACAAAACCACACAAAAUUUAAUGCAAGAGCAACAAAAUGCUGCAGCCACACCAAGUCAGCAGCAAAUCAACCAGCAACUUCCUCCUACUCAGCAACAACAACAAACAUCUACACAAACUCCCAUACAAACUCAAACAUUCACAAAUCAAUCAUUCCCACAAAUGCCACCGCCACAGCAACAAGCUCCACCAAAUGCUGGCCUAAUGCAGAGCCAAACACCCAGUCCUUUAUUCCAGCAGCAACCACAACAAAAGGGCAACAAUCAACAAUUGUUUUCACCAGUACAAACACAAAAUAUGGCCACACCUCAACACCAGCAGCAGCAGUUAAUGGCUGAAGCUCUACAACAGCAGCAGCAACAACAGCAGCCUGGCUCCAUAAUGAUGAUGAACCGUUUGACUGGCACUGGUGCUCCCACUACCCCUCUAAUGCAACAGCAGCAACAAGGACUCUUACAACAGCAGCAAUUAACUCCACAAAAUCAAAAUUUGGUAGGAGCAAUGCCACCACAACAAUUACCACCCAACGCCAACAACCCAGACAUGAGUCAAACUCCUAAAAAUGCUGGUUUUCCCUUCGAGAAUCCCGUUGUGGCUGGUAUUAGUUACGAACAACAAAUGCAAAAUAAACUCAAUGCAGAAAAAGUAUUGAAUGCGUUGCAAGAAGCCAACGCUAAUGCCACGCAUCAUCUACACAAAAAUGAUUUGAUUAAUGAAUGGGAUGAGGCUGUCUUAAAGGGUACCAGCAAUUCAUCUGCAGCAGCCACAAACCAGCAGCAAGAAUUUAAACCUUCUGCAGCCGCACACCAGGUGGUAGCAGAGUCCUCAGCCAACAAAUGGAGUGCCGAAGUAAAUGCCAAUUCACCCAUUACCGUACAGCAGACGCAGGCACGUAAAAAUGAAUGGACUGCUACAGCUAAUAGUAGCGGCACUACUAAUGCCAACACUGUAGCGGCAGCGGAAUCAAGCGGUGCGGGUUUUGUCAGUGAAAAUCGCACAGAAUCGAAUCAUUGGCAUUCUCAGGAUUCGGGCAGUUACGGCAGAGGAUCGUCGGGCGGCAAUCGUGGCCAGGGAGGAGGUGCUAACACGGGCGGAUAUCAACGACAGCGCAAUGAUGAUCGCCGUGACGAUAGACGUCCUGCCGGUGGUAGCGGCGGCUAUAGAGGUCGCUCCAAUUAUGGCUCUGGCAAUCCCCCACAAAAUGGCCAAUCACGCGGCGGUGGUGGUGGUAAUGGUGGAAGUGGUAUUUACUUCCGCAAUAAUGAAAACACCAGCAACAACUCUUACUACCAAAAUGGAAGUGGUGGUGGUGGUGGCGGCGGCGGUGGCAGUAAUGUGUAUUCCAAUAAAGAUUCACGUUAUGAUUCUCGCGGCGGUGGUGGUGGUAACUAUAGGGGACCCCGCGGCGGUUCCGACAACUCUGCCAAUCCCCGCAGCAAUGGUCCUCCUCCACGUCAUAUGGGCAAUCGUACCAGUGGUGGUGGCGGCGGCGGCAACUCCAAUGCAAACAACACAAACUCGAAUUCUUAUAUGAACUCACGGCAGUCAGCUAAUCGUAUGCCCCUGGGUAUAGAAAACAAAAACUAAAACCCAAAUUAAACUCGUAACAAAACAACUCUCCCUCUACCAACUACAACAACAAAUUAUAUAAAAAAAAACACCCCAACAAAAAAUACAUUACAAAGUAUAAAAUAUGUAGAAUUAAAAACCAGAAAUUAAAGAAUUUUUAAACCUAAAAAUUCAUUAUUAUUUAGAAAAAAUCAAAGCAAACAAAAAAUCAAGUAGUGUAUAACCAAAAAAUAACAAAACUUUUCCUCCUUUUAAACAAUUUUUCCUUACAAAUCAACACUUAAAGGGAAGAUAAAAUACGGAAAAAAGGAAUCUUUCAAAUAUUCCCACAAUUUAAAAAAAAAAAACAUUGAAAAAUUAUACUUAUUGAAGCAGAAGGCAGAAAAACCUCUUUUAUUUUUUUCAACACUUGAUUAUUAUUAUUAAAAACAAUAACAAAAUCCACAACAACAAUUUAUUGUAUUUAAUCUUUAAAAGCAAACAAAACAACAUAUGAAUAAUUAUUUAACUAAAAAACAUAAUGAAUAUUAUUAUUAUUAUUUAAAAUACAACAAAAACAAAUGAUAUACUUAUAUAUUUAAACAAAAAAAAAAAACAAAUAUUUAAAAUAAAUACAACAUACCUUUAAACAACAACAAAAUAAUCAUACAAAAAUCAAGCUAAAUGAUGAAGAGAAGCAAACAAAAAAAAUGGAAGAAAUGAAAAUAAAUAUAUUAUUAUUAAUUAAUUUCAUUAUAUUACAGCAACACACAAGAUAAGAAGAUGAAAAACAAAAAAAGAAAGAAAGAAAUACAAAAAAAAACAAGGAAAUAUACUUAUUUAUGUUCAUUUUAUUAAUAUAAUUUUUAAUAAAUUUAAAAAAUCUACAUAAAAAAUUGAAAAUUUAAAAAAAGGAAA